GGCAGCAAUGGAGGAGGAGAGACCCCCCAGUACCGGAGGCGGCGGCAGCGGGAGCCCGGGCUCAGCCAGGCAGCGCCAGUGAAUAGAGGAACGGAGAGAAGCUUGCCCCAGCGACCCUCCCUUUGGGCCCAGGCCGGGGCUCCACGGUACGUCCACGGGGGACCAGGGAGGAGCAGAAGACUCCUGAGCUUGCCGAAACCGGCCGCUGGAUUGGGGUGCCCACUCCAGGGGUGCCUAGACACGCGGCCCCGGGCUUGGGCCCCGAACUGGCGCUGCCCCAGACCCCGAGCUUGGAAGCCGCGACUCAGCCUUUCUCUGGGAAAGGAGCAGCAGCUGUUCCAGGGGCUCGAGGAGGGAGCUUAGAGAAGGGAAGAGCCGAGGUUGCUCUUGAGGGACCCAGGGAAAAGACCCUCGGGCCCCUGCCGCCCUCGAUGGCAAGACUUUUUUGCCUGGAGAGCGGGAAUUUGGUUUAAAAAUAUACGUGUACAUAUACAUAGUCGGUAACCAUUUCGAUAUAACUGACUUCCUUUAUAAUCUUUUACAUGUUUAAAAUCAUUCUGAGGAAUUUAUAGACUUCCCCAGACUGCCCAGGGAGGUCCGUGACACCGAUAACAUACCCCCAUGCUCCAAGAAAAGGAGUUGUGUCCCUGGCACACAGGCCUGUAUUCGUCUUAGACCCUUCAAACAAACGGGUGGACCAGUCCGUACCUUAUAGUCAGCAUGGCAACUUCAUCAGAAGAAGUUUUACUGAUUGUAAAGAAGGUACGUCAAAAGAAGCAGGAUGGAGCCCUGUACCUCAUGGCAGAAAGGAUCGCUUGGGCACCUGAAGGCAAAGACAGAUUUACAAUCAGCCAUAUGUAUGCGGACAUUAAAUGCCAGAAAAUCAGUCCAGAAGGAAAAGCUAAAAUCCAGCUUCAGCUGGUGCUACAUGCAGGAGACACUACUAAUUUCCAUUUUUCCAAUGAAAGCACAGCUAUAAAGGAGCGAGAUGCUGUGAAAGAUCUUCUUCAGCAGUUGCUACCCAAAUUCAAGAGGAAAGCCAAUAAAGAACUGGAAGAGAAAAACAGAAUGCUGCAAGAGGAUCCUGUUUUGUUUCAGCUUUAUAAAGACCUGGUGGUGAGUCAGGUGAUCAGUGCUGAGGAAUUUUGGGCCAAUCGUUUAAGCAUGAAUACUGUGGAUAGCCCUGCAGCAUCCAAUCACAAGCAAGAUGUGGGCAUUUCUGCAGCAUUUCUGGCUGAUGUCCGCCCUCAGACAGAUGGCUGUAAUGGCCUAAGGUAUAAUUUAACCUCUGAUAUCAUUGAGUCCAUAUUUAGGACCUACCCAGCAGUAAAAAUGAAAUAUGCAGAAAAUGUUCCACAUAACAUGACAGAAAAAGAGUUCUGGACAAGAUUUUUUCAAUCCCAUUAUUUUCAUAGGGAUCGACUUAACACAGGGUCAAAAGAUCUCUUUGCAGAAUGUGCCAAAAUGGAUGAAAAGGGUUUAAAAACAAUGGUAUCUCUAGGAGUGAAAAACCCCCUACUAGAUUUGACAGCACUGGAGGAUAAAUCAUUAGAUGAGGGCUAUGGAGUUUCCCCUGUGCCAUCUACUUCCAACUCUUCGAAAUCCAUAAAGGAGAACAGCAAUGCCGCAAUCAUCAAGAGAUUUAACCAUCAUAGUGCCAUGGUCCUGGCAGCAGGUCUCAGGAAACAAGAAGCACAACAUGAUCACAAUGAGAACAACAGCACAGAUGGGAAUUCUCGGGAUUCAGACUUCUUUCAGCCACCAGUCAAAAGGGUGAAGUUACAGGAAUCCAUUGAAUAUGAAGACUUGGGGAAAAAUAACAACAUAAAAACUAUUGCACUAAGCCUAAAGAAGUCAGAUAGGUAUUAUCACGGUCCAACACCAAUUCAGUCCCUCCAGUAUGCAACAAGUCAGGAUAUUAUCAAUUCUUUUCAGAGUAUUAAGCAAGAGAUGGAAACUUACACACCCAAACUAACUCAGGUUCUUUCAAGUGGUGCUGCAAGUAGUACCAUCACGGCCCUAUCCCCUGGAGGAGCACUUAUGCAGGGAGGACCACAGCAAGCCAUAAACCAGAUGGUGCCAAGUGACAUUCAGUCAGAACUCAAACACUUGUAUGUGGCUGUGGGAGAGCUGCUGAGGCAUUUCUGGUCCUGUUUUCCAGUUAACACACCAUUCCUAGAAGAAAAGGUAGUAAGGAUGAAGAAUAAUUUGGAACGAUUCCAAGCUACUAAGCUCUGCCCAUUCCAAGAAAAAAUUCGGAGACAGUAUUUAAGCACAAAUUUGAUAAGUCACAUAGAAGAGAUGUUGCAGACAGCCUACAAUAAACUCCACACAUGGCAGUCCAGGCGCUUGCUAAAGAAGACGUGAAGGAGCCCAGGGCAUUGGAGGCUUUGGUCCCUGGGAUGCUUUCUGCAGCAGUUGUGGGAACACACCCUGAGCAGCUCGCACUUCACCCAGAAGAUGCUGCAGGGACAUCUGCAGCCACUGGACUUGGGAGCUGACGCUAUUGAACUUGCACAUUCUGGAGUGAAAGGAGCUGUGGUUAAACUUGAAAACUGGGAGGUAAAUUAAGGCAGAACCAAAACAAGCUGAAUUGCAAAAAAAUAUAUAUAUUUUAAAAAGACACUGUUUACUGCAGUUACUCAGGAACUGCUUUUGAUUUGCAUUAAGAGCUGCUUUCAGAAAUAAAAAGUAACUUUUAAAAGGGUGAAUUGAUAAAAUCUGAAAAAAAAAUUUGUCUAACCUUUUUUUUUUUUAAGUAUAUGGCACAGGGUAGAAAUUUAAUGUUGUUUUUUUUUUGUUUGUUUGUUUUUGUUUUUUUUCCUUCACUGGAUCCUCACGUUUUACUGGAUUCUGUUUGUACUUUACUGAAACAGGUUGAAAAAGGAGUAUUUUAAAUAAAGCAGAGAGAAGCUGUCGCUCUAACCAUCAGGAGACAGUUGUGGUCAGAGGCAUCUUCUGCUCUGUGUUUCCUACGGAAAUGAGAAGCAAUAGAAUUGCACUGAGCGCUUAUUUGUGGUUUGGGGUCCUGGAAUGACACAAGGGGAACAGUUUUGCAGAAAGUCUUGAAUUUUUUAUGCAAAAUCUUUUCAAGAGACAAUGGAGCUGCAUGUUUUUGUUUGAGUGCACAUAUGCACUGCUGAGAUUUUUUUAAGAUGGCAUGUGCUUUGGGAAACAAACUGCUUUUUUAAGAGUUUAAAGAUCUUACAAGUGAAGAGAACUAUAAGAAUCAUUUACUUAUUUUCACCUCGAGAAAUAAAGUUUCUCAAGUCUGUUUUUUUCCAGUCUCUACCUGACUGUUAAAACUAUUUUUGGCGAAUCGAUAAUCAUUGCAUAGAGUGGAAAGCGUGUGAAUGCAAAAAGAAGUUAGAUAUGAUAUUGUAUCUGGAAUCUGUGCCAUAUUUUGUUCCUAAUAGGAUCAACUCACUGUUUAUCUAAGACUUAGCUGUCUUGUAUUAAAAAUUAUACAAAAAAAGUAAACCCGUUUUAUACAUACCAUUUAACUGACA